CCCCCAACCUCGGCCCCGGGAUCCCGCUCCUUCCUGAGCCAUGAGGCCAGCCAAGCCAGGCACCCCGCUGCCCGCGCUCCUCUUGCUUGCCCUAGCUUUGUCCCCGCACGGGGCCCGGGGAAGGCCCCGGGGCCGCAGGGGAGCGCGCGUCGCGGACCAGAACCCCGAGCCCUGGCUUUUCCCGGCCGCGGUCGGAAGAGGCCCGGCUCGCAGAGCCUUCCGCAGCGCAGAAAUAUUCCCAAGAGAUUUGAACCUAAAAGACAAAUUCAUAAAGCAUUUCAUGGGGCCAGUCACAUUUUCAGCUGAAUGUAGCAAACAUUUCCACCGACUCUAUCACAAUACCAGGGAUUGCUCAACACCAGCCUACUACAAAAGAUGUGCUAGAUUGCUAACAAGAUUAGCAGUGAGUCCACUGUGUUCACAGACAUAGAAGACCUACCCUGUGUGCAUUUCUUAAGAAUCUGAAGCAAAAAAAACACACAAAAACCAAACACCUGAUUUGAAUCAUAGCAAAUGAAAAAAGAGUUGAAACUCCUAGUUUUAUAGUGUAUCAUGAUGAAUACAAUAAGAGUCUUUGUAUUUGUCUGUGUCAUACCACAGAAUGGAGUCUUCCUUGGUUUAUCUUUGUGUAUUCAAUAGUUUAUUUUUUUUAAAACAAAGCUUUAAUCACAUAUUGCAAAUAGAAUAUUAAACAUUAUGCUAUUUUAUUUUUGCUAGAUAUAUAUUAUUUUCUUACAUGGUUAAUAUUCCAUACAUGUAUGAAUUAUAUAUUUAUGUAAAUUAUAUCUGAGAAUACCAACAAAUUAUUUUUUUGUAUAUGAUUUUUAGUAAUACGUUGAAUAGUCAUGUAUGAAGUCCACUUUUAUAAUUCUUAUUUAAUAAUAUUUAAAUACAUUUAUUCAGAAUUUUUGUCUUUAUUUGCAUUAAUUUGAAAUAUGAAUUUUAU